AUGUCGAGUCCUGCUUCGCAUCGGGAUGAGUCUACGGACUUGAGCCCUACAGUUACAAACACAUCGAUGGACUCGGAACCAAAGAAGGCGGGCAAGAGAGUGCUGUCAUGUGUGCUCUGCCAACAGAGGAAAAAGAAAUGCGAUCGGAAGACUCAAAACAGUCUGCACUCCAAGUUCGCCAGCUCCGCCAAGGAAGCGCAGGCGUCCGAAUCAAGAUCUUCUCGAAAGGCUUGCGAGAUGCGAAGAACUUCUUAG